AUGUCAGGUGUUUGUGAAGAAGGUGAUGUUAGUGUUUGUGGUGUUUGUGGAGAUAUUGAUGAUGAUGAUAGAGGUUGCAAACUAUCAGGGCGAACUGGUGCUUGUGUUUCAGAAUUAUCCUCAUUUGAAUCAACAUAUGAAAUAUUAUAA